AAAGCCUUGAGCUUGACUGCUUGACAUGGGCAGCUUAAGGCCUUCCUUCCUUGCUUCUUCUUCUUCUGCCCUUUUCAAAAACCUCUGCUUUCUCCGCUUUCUUUUCCCGUCGUCUUUCUGGAUUUUCCUUCUCGGUGUUGCCGCAAAGCUCUCUCCUUUCUUCGUCUUUGUAGCUUUUGAUCCUUUGGCUUUGCCAAAGUAGAGAUUUUGCUUUCUUUUUUUUUCUCAUUCAUUUGUGGUGCUUUGCCGGAAAGACUGCCCAUUUCUGGGCAAGCAUACUUUCUCGUCGUUUCUGCUUGCUUUUGUGGCGAUUUUCUUCCGGAAAGGAGCGAUUUUCACCUCGCCGGAGAUGUUCCGCGGUGGGCCGGAGCAGAUGCUCGACCUGAACUGGAACCAGGGAGUGGAACCGACCGGUGGCCGCCUCGUGAACACGUCGGCCGACCCCGUUGCCUUCCACAAACUCGUGGGGGGAGAAUUAGCCGGCGGCGAUGCGGCGUCCCGGCCUCGAUCACGCCCGGUGGGUGUUCGACUUAAUUCCCCAACGAAACUCAAUCGGUUCCUCCACCAUCCGCAAGCCGGAGUAGGAGGCCUUCCUUUGUCAGGAAUUCCGGUGCCGGCGGCGCAUUUGGAGCAGCGGUUCUCUGACGGCAGGACGUAUGGCCAUCUCCCAGCCCAGUUUAGGCUGCCGGAGAGAAGAAUGGAAGCUUCGGCAGAGGGCAGAUUACAGUUGGAAAAUAAUGGUGAAUUGAUGUGUGGAAGGGCGGAAUCCUCUGUGUCUGAUCCAUCUGCAAGUGGAGAAGCAGGUUUAGGGGCCCCUGCAAAGAAACGGAAAGCGGCUAAGAAAGGCAAAGUAAAGUUGGCAGAGGAAGAGGAUACAAGCCCAAAGCGAAGUCGAUCGACGGAACUUAAACCAAAGGACGAGAAGAAUGAAGGGAAAAGUAGUAAUUCAAAGUCUCCUGAGCCUCCUAAGGAUUACAUCCAUGUCAGGGCAAGAAGAGGUCAAGCAACAGAUAGCCAUAGCCUUGCUGAGAGGGUUAGAAGAGAGAAAAUAAGCCAGAGGAUGAAGUUGCUACAAGAUCUUGUUCCUGGCUGCAACAAGGUUACCGGAAAGGCGGUCAUGCUCGAUGAGAUUAUCAACUACGUGCAGUCGUUACAGUGCCAAGUUGAGUUCCUAUCUAUGAAGCUGGCCACUGUGAAUCCACAAUUAGAUUUCAACAAUGUGGCAAGUUGCCUUCCUAAGGAUAUGCAUCAAGCUUGCGGAACUAUGCCAAACUCAGUUUACUCGAUGGAGACUUCAGAGGUGCCGGCGCCAUAUAUUAACCAACCUCCACAAGGAGAUCCCAUGCAUUGUGUCUUGCCUAAUGGCAUGGAAACCCAGAGCUCGAUCGAUAUGCUAGACUUGGUGUACCACCACAAUCUCAGCACACACCACCCUUUCAUUUCUGGAUUUGAGAGUGUGUCGUCUCAGCUAGGUGCUUUCUGGGAGGAUGAUCUACAAAAUGUUACUCACAUGGACACAGGACACGACUAGGUGAAUUCCAUUUUCCCCUGAUGCUUUUGUACAUAACUCAAGGAGAAUCCCUGCAAGAGAUUAAUUGGCUCAUCUCUGAGAAGAUUGCCAUUUAUUUAUUUAUUUUCAUUGUGUAAUUUGAUGAAGUCAAGAGAUUUAGGAUCCUAAUGUUGUUCUACCACUAUUAAUAAUUCAUUUAGCUUCUUAUCAAAUUGUAUUAUUGUUAUUAUUAUCAUUCAUUUGAUGCCAAUAAAAUAAUAUGGUGUGCUUUGCUUAUC